UUUUGCUCUCCUCCAUGCCAAAGCCUGCUCCGGCGGAGCCUGUAUGAGCAGGGGGAGCCGGCGGGUGACAGCCGGGGACGCGCCACAAUGGAGACGUUCAGCUCCAGGAACCUGGCCCUGCAGGCUGAGAAGAAGAUCCUGAGCCACAUGGCCAGCAAGUCGGUGGCGAACGUAUUCCUGGACGACACCAGCAGCGAGAUCCUGGACGAGCUGUACCGGGUCUCCAAGCUGCACACCCAGAACCGGUCCGAGGCCCAGAAGGUCAUCAAGAACCUCAUCAAGGUGGCCGUCAAGAUCAGCGUGCUGUACCGCAACAACCGCUUCAGCACGGGCGAGCUGGGCCUGGCGGAGGAGUUCAAACGCAAGCUGCACCAGGGCGCCAUGACGGCCGUCAGCUUCUACGAGGUGGAGUUCACCUUCGAGUCGGGCGUGCUGACCCAGCUGCUGCAGGACUGCCGGGAUUUGCUGCUGCAGCUGGUGGAGAAGCACCUGACGGCCAAGUCCCACGGCCGCAUCCGCCACGUCUUCGACCACUUCGCCAACGGCGACCUGCUCAGCCAGCUCUACAGCCCCGGGGAGCCCUACCGGCCCCACCUGCAGAAGAUCUGCCAGGGCUUGAACAAGCUGAUAGAGGAGGGGAAGCUGUGAGCGGGGUGGGAAGGGGCCUUGCCUUUCUCCUCCUUCUCAGCCAGCAAAAGAUUAUGGGAGUUGGGGACCUGGAAGCACCUUACUCCCUUAAGCACCUAUGGAAAUCCUAGGCGAGGAGCAAGGACCUUCAGGUUUAUAGGGGAUGGAGAACUGGAGGAUCCAACAGGACAAUCAAGACUCAGGCGUGUCCUGGUUGCACUCAGGCCCGUCCGUGGUCUCCGCAUCCGCCCCAGUCCUCUCCACACCCUCAUGGAUUGGCCCCCCGUCCCCGACUCUUUCUCCCCGUCAGUGACUCUUGCAGAGUGGUUAUUUUUGUACACACUCGUCUUGUCGUUGUUACUAACACGUUAAGGGGGAGAAGCUGCGCCCGCCUUGCCGUGUCGCGCGGGGGGAUCUCCUGCAGGGGGGGCACCAGGGCCAGCCCGGGCAGUUACCCCUUGAUGAGUUUGUGAGGCCGGCGGAGGUGGGGCUGGGUUCAGCUCCCGCUGCAGGGCAUUAGGGGGCUGGGCCGAUGAAGGCAAUAGAUCAAGUCCCCCCCAAACACUUCCCAUUGCGGGGUUGCCCGUGGCCAAAGGGAUCAGUCGAGGCUCCACCGAGCCAGCAAAACAGAGGGGGGUGGCAGAUUCUGAGCUUAUACGUCAAUUGCACAUAAACGCAACGCCCAGGGGAAGGGACCAGCCACCGGCGUGAACCCCUGUCCUUGCCACAUGGUUCCCCAGCGGUCAGGUCUAGUCCCCAGGGCUGCACUCGGUGGAGCCCUGCCCCGGCAUCAAGCUCAGGUUUGGGAGCUUAGCUUCAGCCACGCAGAGUUUAGGACUUUCCCUCCCCGAGCCCAGCCGCUGACGCUGCCAAAGACGCGGGUGAGGCCACGAGCAGGGUGAGAAGGGGAGACUCCACGUGAGUCAGAAACUCCGUCAAAGGUCCCGCAGGCAAAUGGUAGGGUCCCCCCCAUGCCUUUCC